AUGUCUAUAGGCGUCUUGGCCUUGUUGAGUUCUCUGUUUUUCGCUAACAAGAAACGGAAGGACUACAAGAAGAUCAGUAAGGAUGAUGAAGCUAACUUUGCCGAGGGCAUUUCACUGCAAGUAUUCACAUUCGAGCAUCGGUUGGAAGCAACAAAUGGCUUCAAGGAAGAGUUGGGGAGAGGAGCAUCUGGCACGGUUUUCAAAGGGGUUAUGCAGAAUGGCAAGAAAAUGGUGGCGGUGAAGAGGUUGGAGAAGGAUUUCGCACAAGGAGAGGUAGAGUUCCAGACGGAGCUAAAGACGAUUGGGAAGAUGUAUCACCCCGUAUCACACCGGAACCUAGUCCGUCUCCUAGGUUACUGCUUUGAUGGAGACAACAAACUGUUGGUGUUUGAGUACAUGAGCAACGGAUCCCUUGCAGACAUGCUUUUGAAUCAAGAGAAACGGCCGAACUGGGAGGAACGAAUGGAUAUCGCUCGAGAUAUAUCUAUAGGGAUACUGUAUCUGCACCAAGAGUGCGAGACGCAGAUCAUUCACUGCGAUAUAAAGCCUCAAAACAUACUCAUGGACGAUAACUGGCGCGCUAAGAUAUCAGAAUUUGGGCUGGCGAAGCUUCUUAAGCAAGAUCAGAGUAAUACGUAUACUGAGAUAAGAGGGACUAAUGGCUAUGUAGCGCCAGAGUGGUACCAAAAGCAGGCGAUCACGGUGAAAGCAGAUGUUUAUAGCUUCGGAGUGAUGCUGCUGGAGAUCAUAUGUUGUAGAAAGUGUGUUGACUAUAGCAGGAGUGAGGAUGAGGCGAUUCUUGAGGAAUGGGUUUACGAGUGUUAUGCAAUGGAGAAGAUUGGGAGUCUGGUGGGGGAUGAGAUGGUGGAAGUGAGGAAAGUGGAGAGGAUGGUGAAGAUAGGGAUAUGGUGUGUUCAAUAUGAUCCGUCGCUGCGUCCAGCAAUGAAAAAAGUUCUGCUAAUGUUGGAGGGGACUGUCGAGAUUCCCAUUCCUCCAAAUCCCAUUUCUUUCUCAAGUUCCAUCUAG